AGGAAGUGAAACUGGUUAUUUUUCUCAUUAGCCUUGCCUUCAACCAGCAAGGACACACAUCUGAUAGCACAGAGGAGAGCUAUGGCGCGUCUAUUGAGAUCCAGUUUGAGAGGAUAUCUCACCACUCAGAUUAGAAUGUCUUCUGAUCAGCUGGGGGAGCUGGGGAAGGGAGCAGGCAAGGGAGGAGGUGCGGGAGGCUCCAUCAGGGAAGCAGGAGGGGCCUUUGGGAAGAAGCAGGCGGCAGAGGAGGAGCGCUAUUUCAGGCAAAAGGAGAAGGAGCAGAUGGCUGCCCUGAGACGCCACCAUGAGGAGGAGAUCGACCACCACAAGAAGGAGGUGGAGCGACUGCAGCGCGAGAUCGACCGCCACAAGGGCAAGAUCAGGAAACUCAAGCACGACGACUAGUCGAGCCCGGCACUUAAACACUACUUGCAUAAAUCCCCACAUCACACUAUGCUCUUCCUGCCCAUGUACGCUAUACCAAAAUCUCUCGUUGCCUGCAUGACAGCGGUAGCUGCAAUGAUCGUGCUUCCUGAUUUUGUCUGUGAGCAGCGGUAGAAUCGAAUAAAGUUUACAGAUAAUUUUCCAUAUCAGUGAAGAUAGUGUCUUUUUUUUGGUUCGUUGUUGUUAGUCCUUUGUUUCUGGUAUGCAAUAAUCAUCGACAGAGGUAGCUAGUAAUGUGUUUACUUAUUGAUGUAUCAGUCCAGAGUGCCUUCCUCAGCUCUCAGUAAACGUCAGGCUGUCCCACGGAAAUGUAUUUUUGUGACGCAAAUGUAUUUUUGACUCGUGUAUUUGCACUGCUUUUGCAAACUUUUAUCUUCUCCAUACUGGCAUUCAAAAUGCAAAUGUUCAAUAUGCCAUCGAAUCAUGCCCCAUAUUGCUGAAUAUGCCAUCGAAUCAUGCCCCCAUUUUGUUCAUUACAGUAAUUUCCUGUGUAUUAGCUGCGCUGUGUAUAAGCCACAGGACAGUGUUUUAUGCAAGUUAAGAUAAACAAAAAUGUAUUAGCACCGUAUGAACUGUCUCUUCUUAGCUGUACUUCAUAGCUGAAGACAUUUUGCAAAAUCAAUGUAUCAGCCGCGGCUAAUAGUUGGGAAAUUACGAUACGGCAUCUUAUCAUGCCCCCAUUUUGUAGUCAUUCAGGCUGAAAUAAACAUUCUCUUCUUGCUUCUGUCAGUUCCACUGAUACUGUAAAGGUAACCAAAACUUCCCUUGAACAGUAAAAGCUUUGAUGUGACAAUCGGUGCUCAAAUAAACAUGUUUGACAUGCUGGAAA